AAACUCCAGUCAAAUAGUUAAUUUUCAUCAAGAUGGCUUUCAGAAUCACCAGCCAAUUGCAUUCGACCGGCAAACACAUUGGUGGCUCUCGUCGCUUCGCGACCACGGUCGCUGAUGGCGCCAAACAAACAUAUAACAAGUUUUCAGUGACGGGAGAGUUUGCACCAGUCGCUAUAAUAGGAGGCUUUGUUGCACUAGCGGUUGCUAUGGCCGUACACAGCCUUAAGCAGCAGCUUGUGCAUUCUCCGGCGGUAAGUACACGGAAGAAUAGACGAGCGGCUGUCGCGGAAGUCGAUGAUCCUGACCAUUGUGUUUCCUCCGCCAACAAGUUUAUCAACAAGUCUUGGCUACGGAAAGUAGGUCAGAUUCAAGAUAAGUCUAAUGCCAUCUUAUCAGAUCCCACAAGACCCAACCCAUACACCACGCCUCGAAAUGCAGAGACAUUGAACUCCGUUGGUGUAGCUCCAAGGGGAAUCUGAAAACUUUCUAUGAAUCGAAUAAGUUUUUGCUUUCAAACGAAAACGCAAUUUAACUUUCUAAUUUUUGUUUACUAAUGUUUGUACAUAUAAUAAUCUCUUUGAGCAUGUUUCAAAUAAAGCUGCUUUCUCUUUUCACAUGUAUAUAAAAA